GGUCUGAGCAAAGGAAGCUAGGAAGGGAUCAAGGAAACCUCUAGCAUCGUAGAUAAACACCCUAAAGAGGUGUGAACCCAGCGAGCACACAGCUGUCACAAAACCAAAGGAACAGUUAAAAGGUCCGCUUGAGUCCUUCAUACAGCGAGGGUCAACAUGUCUGAGACAUACGACUUCCUGUUUAAGUUCCUGGUGAUUGGCAGUGCUGGGACGGGGAAGUCCUGCCUCCUCCACCAGUUCAUUGAGAACAAGUUUAAGCAGGACUCCAACCACACCAUCGGCGUGGAGUUUGGCUCCAGGGUAGUCAACGUUGGUGGGAAGACGGUCAAACUGCAGAUCUGGGACACUGCUGGGCAGGAGCGAUUCCGUUCAGUCACGCGCAGCUACUACAGAGGAGCGGCUGGAGCACUCCUUGUCUAUGAUAUUACCAGUCGGGAGACAUAUAACGCCCUGACCAACUGGCUGACGGACGCACGGACACUGGCCAGCCCCAACAUUGUCAUCAUCCUGUGUGGUAACAAGAAAGACCUGGAUGCAGACAGAGAGGUGACCUUUCUGGAGGCCUCGCGCUUCGCUCAGGAGAACGAGCUGAUGUUUCUGGAGACGAGUGCUCUGACUGGUGAAAAUGUCGAGGAGGGCUUCUUGAAAUGUGCUCGCACCAUCCUCAACAAGAUAGAUUCAGGUGAGUUGGACCCAGAGAGGAUGGGUUCAGGUAUCCAGUAUGGAGAUGCUUCGUUGAGGCAACUGCGACAGCCAAGAGGCACCACGACACAGAAUAAGCAGCAGUGUAAUUGCUAGGGAUCGGGCCCCACCCACACCUCAGCCCACAGGCCCACGCAGACAGGACGCCCCCUACAGUCUCACCACAUCUCAGCUCCAGGUGUUUUUUGGUGUGUGCGACGCUUCAUCCUGCAGUCUCACACACCUUUGAUCACCUCGAUGAGUGGUCGUGGAGAUCACUGCAACCCCUGACCCCUGACCUCUGGUAAGAGUCUCUUCUUCUUACCUGAAGGGGUCCGUUUUGCUCCUGCAUCUGAACAAGCCGACCCCUCGGUGUGAACACGGUGGGAUCAUAAAGAAGAGAAAUCCUCGUCUUAAAAGAUGGUUUCCUACUUGCUUACCAGACAAGGACAAGUCAAGGGUUGUGUGUAUGGGCUGCCCUACUGUUGUUUUAUCUCUGUGCUUUGUUCUUCGCUCUGGUUUUAGUAACCCCAAAAUGCUUUCUGCGUUUGCACAUCAUUGUUUGUAAAUUAUUAUUGUUAAACUAUUUUGCGCAUAUUCAUCAUUCAACUUUCCCCAAUAUUAUUUCAUGAUUAAUUUGGUUGUUUUAGGUUUUAGCAUUCAUAAAGAUGCCUGCUGCUCAUUUACAUAAUUAUAUUUUCCUUCAAUUGAGGCCGUCAUUGAUAAUAAUAAAUAGUCUGUGUGUCCUCUUAUGAGAAGUUGACUUGCACAGAUUUUGGGUUAUAAAUAUUGUAUAGAAAUUUAUUCCUAAUGCAAAGCAAUGCAAAUCCUUGCGAAGAUUUUUGCAGUUAUUGUCAAGUGAUCUGAAAAUUGAAGCUGCUAAUCACUGGAUUUAGGUGUACUUCAGAUUUUUAAAGCUAAAACAGGCCCAAAUGUAGAGCCCAGGAAUUUUAAUCGCUCUGAAGUGUGUGUUACAUUGCGUCUUGCAUUAAAAGAUUUUUGGUUUGCAUAACAAUGCACUGUUAUGAUGUAGAGUAUUGGCCUUAGUAAUAUACUCGAUAUUGUGGCUCUUUAGUAUAUUAUUCCCAGCCGCCAUGUCUCUGUCAAAGGGAAUGGUCCAAUCACUCCACUCUACACCCACAUAGGCAAGCCAGUGGGUCAGGUUUAAAGCACAAAGAAGCUCUUUAUUUUAGCCAAAGGUCUUACAGUCUGUAGAUUGGGGCUUUUUGACAUUCACACCAUGUUGAAGUCCCUAUGUCUCUGCUCCUGUUACAGUGAAAGAUUAAGAAAGAGUCAUCAAUCUUGGCAAGUGUUUUUGACUCCUCCUGCUGGGCAUGACCUCCCUUUGAUUCGCACUGCUCUGCAUGCACAUACUAUACAAGGGACGUCACAGGAAACCACAGUUGGUUUUGCUUCAGUGUCGUGUUUAGGAAACUUUCGUGCCGCCCCCCAGUUCCUUCAUUGCGGUUUGACGUUGUAUAAUCAUGACAGGUUGUAAAUGCGCCUUAAAAAAAACAGAACAUCAGGAUUCUGUUUUUAACCUUGCAAGUAAUCACUUCUCUUUGUUAAGCACAGAAAUAUCAUAGCUCUGUUCUGCUACAGAGUCUGAGUUUUCUGAGGUGACCCAGAUGUUUUCUCCUUGGAAUCCUCCCUGUAUUGCCCAUGAGAGCAACAGGGAAUUUCCAGUGCAACAUGGUUUCCUCUUUCCUUGCAACACUGACAGCAUGUUUUGUGGUGCUGCUGGAGGAAAAUGAGGUUAUGAGUUAAUAAUUUAAAAACAUCCCCAAACUCCCACCCCAUUGAGUCGAAGGCACUGCUUCUGUCUGAAUCACUGAGAGCAGGUUAUACUGACCCAGCCAAGAGGAGAUUAAAACAAACCGCCCGCAAACUUAUUUCUCUUCUGUCUCUGUCCUCCAGCAUUAGCAUAUGUCCUCCCAGACAAACCAUAUGUGUUUAAGCUCAAGUGAGCCAGCGCACUGACGGGAGGAAGAUGGCGAGUUGUGCAAACACGAGAUAGUAUAGGAUAUCAAGAGACAGAUGGUCAAAACUUGUUGCUUUCAUAAAAUAUUUACAUCAUGUGAUAGUUUGUCUCCUUCUGCAAGUGCACUUUUACUUUUGAAUUUUCAUUUUUGUUCUGUUUAUAUGCUGUAACUAUAGAAAUGUACAUUUUAUUUUACUUGAACUGUAAACUGUAAUAAAGAUUUUAAUUGUAGAUGUUAUCAUUUCUUACUAAAUAACAACUGAGAUUCUUAAUUUGAGUUCCUCCUCUCUGCUAUCGCUAGGCAAGAAUGUUGAAAUGAUGGGAACUCAUGCUGUCUGAGAUUUAAUUUGUUUAUUGCUCUCUGCCGACAUGGAGGUAAUGAUGAAAGGAUGAUGACUUUGUGAGAUGUAGGUGGCCGUCAGCAGCUACUCCGAUUAAUCCUAUUCACCGGUUGUCAUGUGUAAGUUAUCAGAAAGGUUGAAUCAGUUGGCUUGCAUCUGUUUUAUUGUACAGUUCAUAAUAAGCAAUCAGCAGGAUAGCCAUAUAUGACUUUAUGUUCACUUGUCUGGAUUCAAUCGUGAUGGACGCAAUCCAACUCAGUUGCUGCUUAGUAACUAAUGUUGUAUAAUCAACCUAAAUACUACUGUACAUCUCCAGUAACCUAUCCUGUAAAUAAGAUUGUCUAUUGUCUAUUGAGGGUGAGUGUUGCUCAUUGAUUGUAAUGAUUAUGCAUUUCCCAGUAAACUGCUUGUUUUUCAGUUAA